ACAGGACGGGCCAAGAUGGCGGCAGGAGAGGAGGACGGGUCCCCGGUGGAGCCGGAGCAGGAGCCGGCGGCGGAGGAGCCACGGAGCUUCAAGGACUUGGGAGUGACAGAUGUCCUGUGUGAAGCUUGUGACCAGUUGGGAUGGAAGGUGCCAACAAAGAUCCAAAUUGAGGCUAUUCCAGUGGCUCUCCAAGGCAGAGAUGUCAUUGGACUGGCAGAAACUGGCUCUGGAAAAACAGGAGCCUUUGCUUUGCCAAUUCUUCAAGCACUGCUGGAAACACCUCAGCGAUUAUUUGCUCUUGUCCUCACACCAACAAGGGAGCUGGCCUUUCAAAUCUCAGAGCAGUUUGAAGCUCUUGGGUCCUCCAUUGGUGUUCAAAGCACGGUUAUUGUUGGUGGAAUUGACACAAUGUCUCAAUCCCUGGCCCUGGCCAAGAAACCACAUGUUAUAAUUGCAACCCCUGGCCGUCUCGUUGAUCAUCUGGAGAACACAAAGGGCUUCAACUUACGAGCUCUCAAGUUCCUGGUGAUGGAUGAGGCUGACCGGAUUCUUAACAUGGAUUUCGAGACAGAGGUGGAUAAAAUACUAAAAGUGAUUCCUCGAGACAGGAAGACAUUCCUGUUUUCUGCCACCAUGACCAAGAAGGUUCAAAAACUCCAGCGUGCUGCUCUGAAGAAUCCUGUUAAAUGUGCUGUUUCUUCCAAGUAUCAGACAGUUGAAAAACUACAGCAGUACUACAUUUUUAUCCCAUCCAAAUUCAAGGACAGCUACCUGGUUUAUAUCUUAAAUGAACUGGCUGGUAACUCUUUCAUGAUAUUCUGCAGUACAUGUAACAAUACUCAGAGGACUGCUCUACUGCUCCGCAAUCUGGGGUUCACUGCCAUUCCCCUCCAUGGGCAGAUGAGUCAGAAUAAACGUUUGGGCUCUCUAAACAAGUUCAAGGCAAAGGCACGCUCUAUUCUCCUGGCCACUGAUGUUGCAAGCAGAGGUCUGGACAUCCCACAUGUGGAUGUGGUGAUAAACUUUGACAUUCCUACGCACUCUAAGGAUUACAUUCAUCGUGUUGGGAGAACAGCUCGAGCUGGGAGAUCUGGCAAAUCUAUCACCUUUGUCACACAGUAUGAUGUAGAGCUGUUCCAGCGCAUUGAACACCUGAUUGGCAAGAAGCUGCCAGCAUUCCCCAUGCAAGAGGAAGAAGUUAUGAUGCUGACAGAGCGUGUGGCUGAGGCCCAGAGGUUCGCUCGAAUGGAGCUGCGGGAGCAGGGAGAGAAGAAGCGAUCUCGGAAUGAUGAUGAUGACACAGAAGAGGCUAUUGGCGUCAGGAAUAAGGUGGCAGGAGGGAAAAAGAAGAAAAGGAAAGCCUUCUAGUUUGGUAUUUGAACAGACUUACUUAUUUUACUCUUUAUGACUGAGCUAUCAAAAGCAGUCUACCAAGCCAUCUCCAGUGGAUUUUUUUUUCAGAACUACAUAUGAAAUUUGGCAGUGUCUGAGGAAAAAACCUACUUUUCUUCUUCACCAGCUAAAGAUUGAGCUGGGCCCAUAUUGUUGCUAUGGUACCAGUUCACUUUUCAGGGACACCAUCAGAGACCAUCACCUCUGGACCUGGAAGCAUCUGUGGUCUGGCCCUGCUCAUUCACUACGAAGUGCAGUGUGAGUGCUGCUUUUGCACUGCUGCAGCCUGUCCCAUUAUCCGAUCUCCCUGAGUGCAUCUGGAGUCAGAUCUGGCAGAAGAAAGAGAGGAGAAAGUUAAAAAGAAGUGACUGAGUUUUCACAGCACAGCUGUGAUGCCCUUGCCUUGGUGAAGGAAUGUGUUACAUUGAGAACUCAAAAUAUAUUUUGCUUAAUUUUAAAGCUACCUGUUUUUACUUGUCUUGUCACUGACAUGUUCUGUUCAUUUUGUGUAUCAGCUCUGCCAGAAGGUUUUUCUUCUCUGGUCAAUCCUAGCAAUUCAGAUGUGACAUCAGUACCUUCGAUUUGUCAGCUGAAGAGUGGUCCAGCACAGAGAGAAUGAGUUUCAGCAGGAUGAAACUAUUCACUGCCUGGAAUUCAAUCCAUUAUCUGCUAAUGAUUGACACCACCAAGGAUAGGUCUGGGUUUUGGGUGCGGUUUUUGUGGCUGAUUCUCGUAGUACUUAAAAGUGAACACAAGAGGGAGGUAUUUACGUGGGAAAGCAACUCACAAGCUGGGAGGUACAGAAAAACUGGUAUCCUGGAAAGCUCUUUGUUUCCCUAGGCAGGGAACUUUGUUACUUUUAGGCAGUGUUUCAUGCCAGAUAUAGACUUUUGCAAGAAUGAGAUAAAUUUACUUCAUAUAAAGCCAGAAGUUUACUGCUAGUUCUCAGUGACAAUAAAAAUUUUCAUGCAGGAUGUUCCUGCUGGUAGGCAGAGAAGAAUGAGAAGCUCCUGCAUAUGUAAAUUUACUGGAAACAUGAAAAUUUAAUGCCCAGUAGAACCAUUCAUAAACUGGAUUUUGUGCUACAUGAAAAACAAUAUUCAAAAUAGUCUAUUUUAGAGCUAAAUGGAAAGUAGAAGCUAGUGCAGUAGCAAGAUGAGCACAGUGGUUAUUUCACAGUUAGCAUAAAUCUAAUAUCCAUGUGUGUGCUAGUUGGACUACUUUUACACUUUUGUUAGGGGCAGCACAUUUUGCAAAGAAAUGCCAAAAAACCUAGGUCUGUUUUUCCAUGAGGAACUGAGAUACUCUUUUGGAGCAAAAAGAGUGUUCACGCUCUUUGUUUAUGUUGUAGCAGUUUACUUAAAUCUCUUAAAUUUAAGUUUACUUAAAUCUCUGAUAGCUCUAAAGUCAGUGGCAGAUAGUGAGUGUACAAAUCUUGGGUAUGUCCACUACUAAGAGCAUUUGUGUAAAGCAGAAAGAGUGUUUAUCUUCCCCAGGUCCUACCACAGAGGGGCAGGGGUGAAAGACUUUAAAUGAGAACAUGUUCAUUCUACAGGGCCCUUUGGUAGUAAAGCACACAGAUAAGAGGAAAUAGCCCUAGAAUGCACCAUAGAGAGAACAAAAUGAGUGAUAAUAUGGGUGGAGAUGCAAAUGCUUGUUCCCUAUGGAGCAAGGGAACACUCCCAAUUGUCCUGCUGGGUGCCUGAACAAAAUUUCUUGUUCUUUGCAGGCAGGAUAGGGUUGGUUCCAGUAUCAGCAAAGGAAGCUUAAAUCUCUCUGAGGGUCCUGGAUCCCUGGAAAACCACUAGAGUGUUAUUCCCAGCUAUGUAAUGGAUGAGAUACAGAGAUAGUCCUGAACCAGUCUUGUAAAGUGAUGUGAAGGGGCACCUUGAACUGCUGGAGGAGCCAGGGCAGAGUCAUUCCUUUCAGAAGGAGUGAGGCUUGCUUUAAUAGGUCGUUUGAGUCUGUAGCAUCUCUCUCUGUUCUUCCUAUGUGGAAACCUGCAACAGCAGAGGGGGUGUCUUGUCCCUUGAUGGAGGCAAAGAUUAUCCCUCUUUUAUAGUAGCAUGAAUAUUGGUGGAGAGAAAUAGAGCUGCUCCUUGUGAAAGAGUACAGAGCUUCCUUGAGAGGAGUGACUAGACAGCUGGCCACCUCCCUUGAUUUGGAAUGACAAACUGUAGAAGCACUUGGCAUGAGACAAGCAAAGGUCUCACCACACCCACAUUCUCACUGGUGCCUCACCUGCCACAGGUAUGCGCGUUGAGUUUCAACUAAAAAUAUCUCAACAGGUUGGAGGGGCAGGAAAUGGGUUUUUUAUUGUGGCUACUCCAGAGGGGCUGGGUCAGAGGGUGUUGGUAUAACUAAAGUGGAAUAGGGAGUGUCCAAAGAUAUAUUUGGGCAAAACAGAAUUUGCAGCCAGCUUAAAACAAAAUAUCUAGCUGAUCUAAUGAAACAUGAGGGGGAAAGAAUGAAGUGAGACCUGUCUCUCUCUGAAUAAAUGUUCAGAAAAGACCAGCACUGGUAUGUGCAUGGCUGCAUAGUUUAGUUCAACAACUGCUGCCAGUGUGUUUGUUCAGUCAGGAGGGCUUUUGAGGGGCAGUUCUGAAGCACACCCCUGAAUGCUCUUGAGUUUCACUCAGCAGGGACCUGAGUGGAGGAUUAACCUUAGGCCAAUCCUUUCUUACAUCAUGCUGACACCAUUUGUCAUGUUUUUAUGGUUGAAACUCAGGUGAAAUUUCAAUGAAAGCUCUGUUCUCAAAAAAUGUUCAGUGGGGAUGUUUGCAGUUUGAAAAAAUUCUGCACUUCCCAAGUCCAUAAUGAGAAGGUGAUUAUUUAUGUAUUUGUAAUACAUAUUUUAAAUUAUGUUUUAUGGUUUUGAGUUUUAGUACUGUGUAUGUGAGUACUUGGGGCAGUAACAAAUAGGGAUAGAGUGUCUUUAAUUUAAAUGUUCUAGAGCUAACAGAAGUGGGUCAACCCUUGUGAGGGGAGAAGUAAAAUCAAACAUACAUGUCAGUGUAGAUAACUAACUUCAAGAUAAGUGACGAUAGCUGUAAAAUAGUAGCAGUCUCUGUGAGCACCCAGUGGUCCAGUACAGAGGCUGCACUGAACUGAUCCAACUGGAAAGGAUUUGGCCAUGUCAGUUCCCAAGUGCCAUGCACCUCCUGCCCAGAGGCUGCAAGAGAAGGCAUGGGCCAGAAAGCACAGCUGGGAACCAAAGUGGGCAAUCCAGGGCCUUUUUCUGUGGCAGCAGCCUGAGCCUAAAUCUUCUAAAAGUAAUGGGACACACAUUAACUUGUUCAAGGACCUGACAGCCAGCCCCCCUGGCCCCAGAAAGGCAGAGAGAACUAAAGAGGGAGAGCUGAAUGCCAUGACUUUCCAGCAACACCACUAACUUGUGCUGAGAAGAGUCUCAGUUUAGGAGGAAUUCUCAGAAGUAACUGGCAAUCUGGAAGGCCUCAGUUUUCAAAUCAGGACUGAAGUUAGUAACAAUUCACAGUUUAACCAAACACAGAAGAAGGAAAAUAUCCAAGAUACUUAAAAACUCUUGAACAUAUCUAAGAAGGAAUGGAAUUCAGGCAUGUACCAACCACUCUGGUGUUGUAUAAAUGUGAAGUUGUGGUUUGCCUGCAAUGACAUGCAAGGAGCCUGUAAAGGAGCUUCUGUAAACGUUUAAGUGAGCAAUUAAUUAUUGUAAAUGUUGCAGAGUAAAUGCGGUAAAAAUCCAGCUUUGGUACCAGAUGUA